AUGUUUCUUGAUCCCGCUCCUAUCACCAUUGCCCUGGCAAUCAUCCUCUCCACAUCCCCUCAUGUCCUUGCUGUACCACACAGAAAGCAUCAUAACAAGCUACUCGGUCGAGCAGGCGAGGUCGAGUAUUAUGAGCAACAGCAUGCGAAUGACCCAAUGUUCGCAACUACGUUGCCGGCGGAAAUCCCUCCCGUUACAGUGGAGAGUGUUCAAACCAUUACUGUGACCCCGACGCCGGCUAUGUCGCCGAUGCCGAGUAAUAUGCAGUUUCAACUGCCGCCUGGUAUGCCAUUGCCAGAUGGGACUAGGAAACCAGUUGAUAUGAAAUCAGCUUCUACAGCAUCGUCGUCGUCGACGUCAAAGACGACUUCAAAGGCAAAAAUAACAUCUACAUCAUCAUCAAAGAUGACAACCUCUGCAUCAAAGACCUCAUCUACUACGCAAACAUUAAAACCGUCAUCGGCAUCAACCACAUCGGUGUCGUCUGUCGUGGUUGCUUUGCCGACAAAGUCAUUUACUGUCACUGUGUCAGAGGGAACAUCUGUGCAAUCAAUCGUUACUCCCACUUCGCCAGCUAUGAACAACGUUCAUGAUGGUGCUGCCGAACUUCUCGGGUUGCUUGGUAUGGGCCUAAACCAAUUAACUGGCAAAGUCGGCACCGCCAAGACGUCAAAAACGGAUUCUACCAAGUCCAACGCUCAUACAGAAGGCACAAAGACAGAUGCAACCAAACAAUCAACUGCAUCUACUGCGACGACAGGGGGGGCAUCGGUGUGCGGGGCCGGAACAGCCCGCAAGUGUUGUUCUGCUGUGCAUAACAAUCUAGAUGGCCUCGUCGGCCUUGUGGACGGGCUAUUAGGAUUAGACCUGGGCUACCUUACAUUCGAUACAGCAGUCGGAUAUGGCUGUAAUGACAUUGACGAUGAAGAUAUUAUCGUCGGGGAUGGUGGGAUGUGUUGGGAUGUCGUAAGUUGUUGUGAAAAUAAUGCUCUUUCAACCUUGGACGAAGUAUUUGUGGGCUGUGUGCCAAUUUUCUGA